AUGCUCGUCAGGUACAACACCAGGGCGGCUCGAGAGUUCUUUCCCUACAGUUUUCGGCCCACACAGGCUAAGCUACAUAUAUGGCCGUCGCUUAUACAUAACCGUUGUACACCGCAGGCUCGCCACACUCAUACCUACUCAGAUGCCAAGGAUGCCCUGAAUACUGGAGUAAGAAACGCAAAAGAGAGCAUAAAAAAGGGCGUAAAAAAGGAUUUGUCCGUUUGGAAGAUUAUAAAUGGGUUGAUCGUGAUCGGUACUGGAAUUGUCGUCGACCUCAGCUUCGCCCACUGGUAUAACCGCCGAAAUGAGAGGAUUCUCUUUAAUGCCUUUGAACACGGUUCCUGUCCAGAACCUGAUGUUCCGCGGGAAAUGAUGAUUUACCGCGAGGAUGUUAUCAAAAAACUGAGACGAAUUUUCGAGCCGAAAUCUACCCAUAGCUCUUAUCACGUCGUUGUAGGGAACCACGGAACCGGGAAGACCACAAUGGUCCGGGAGUGUGCUAAGGAAGUUGGAAAAGGGGUCAUUUAUGUUGAUGUCCCCCCUGUAUUGAAUAAAUUUGUUGAAAAUUUUGCAAAUGCUAUUGGAUUCCAUGAGCAUUGUAGCUUUAUUGAAUUAUUUAGGCAAAAGUUUCUAGAAAUUAGCAAUUCUGAUGCCUUCAAAAGAGGAGCUAAAAAUUACAAAGCAAAUAAUGAUGGCAAACCACUAAUGUUAAUCCUCGACAACAUAAGUAAGCUGAGCCAGAAAAAUGUGAAAAUGAUAGAGGAUCUGCAGGACCUCACAAACUCUAUGCUGACCAGUCCAGUUGCAUCAUUGUGUUUAGAUUUAACUGACGAAGAGAUACUCAUUUACCUCUGCAAACUUAACAUUGAGGAAAAGGACGCCAAUCAACUCAUCGAACUCUUAGGUGACUGGAUUAAGGAUCUCAAGAUAUAUGGUUAUUGGAUAAAAGAAGGCAUGACAUUGAAAGAUAAGAAGAUUCAUAAAAUAGUGUUCUAUUCUAUCGAAAAUGACUUUCAUCAGGCUCAAAUAAUGAAGAGCGAAGUAAAUCAUGCUAUUAGCAAUGUCAUCGUUGAUGAGUUGGUAAAAAAUGAAAAAAUUGAGUAUGAUGAAUUCAUUAAGCUUGUCAACAACAAAGAAAUAGCCGAUAAACUGAUACAAGCCAAUGUUUUCUCAUAUAAUCUGGAAAACAAUUUCGUCACCUUCCAAUCUCGCACAAAAGAAAUUUUUGUGAAAGAAAAUCUGAGAGGAGUUUUCUCUUACUCAAAGCAAUGA